UGCGGGUAGAGGUAGCACGUGGAAUGGUUUGCCAGGGAUUCGCGGAAGUAGCGACCCUGGUGAGCAUUGGAGCCAACCUUGGAGGCAACGAUGUGGGUCACAGUGGCGGCGCUUCCUCCGCGGCUGUCGCUGUCAGCCUUGGCGGGCACUGGUCGCUUUUGCAUUCUGGGGUCCGGAGCGGCGACGCGGAAAGACUUGCCGGCGGUUCCUCGCCGUGGCUGGUCUGACUCCUGCCCGCAGCUGAUGCCCCAUCCGGAUUUAGGGGAGUCCUCCUCCUGGGUGUCCAAGAGCAGCUUAGAGCCCAAGCGUUACAUAACCAGUCGGAGACUGGCUGAGACCGUGGCGCAGAUCCUGCGGGGGAAACGAAAAAAACCUCACCACCUAUUCCUGGAGUGCAAUCCAGGUCCUGGAAUCCUGACUCAGGCAUUACUUGAAACUGGUGCCAAAGUGGUUGCCCUUGAAAGCGACAGAACUUUUAUUCCACAUUUGGAGACCUUAGGAAAAAAUGUGGAUGGAAAUCUAGAAGUGGUCCACUGUGACUUCUUUAAAUUGGAUCCUAGAAGUGUGGGACUAGUAAAACCACCCACUAUGAUUUCACAUGUGCUUUUUCAGAAUUUGGGAAUAAAGGCACUUCCAUGGUCAACAGGUAUCCCUUUAAAAGUAAUUGGAAUCUUCCCAAUUAAAAAUGAAAGAAGGGCACUUUGGAAACUUUUAUAUGACCUGUAUUCCUGUAGUUCUAUAUAUAGAUAUGGACGAGUAGAACUAAAUAUGUUUAUUAGUGAAAAAGGAUACAAGAAACUAACGGCAAAUCCCAGAAAUCCAAACUUGUAUCAUGUAUUAAGUGUGCUCUGGCAAGUAGGUUGUGAGAUUAAGCUCCUGCAUGUGGAGCCUUGGUCAUCAUUUGACAUAUACACUCAAAAUGGGCAACUGGAAAAGCCAAAGCGUAGGCAAUCAGAACGAAUACAACAAAACCUGUAUUUUAUUCGAAUGGUUCCUCGUAGAACUUUAUUUACAGAAAACUUAUCACCUAUUAACUACAAUGUAUUUUUUCACAUGGUAAAGCACUGUUUUGGGAAGCGCAACGCGAGGCUAGUAGACCAUUUACAUUCAUUGAGUCCAGUUGAUACAGAGGAUAUACUGAUGCAAACAAAGAAAAAAGAAAAAGUGAAAAUAACUAAUAUGUAUCCUCGUGACUUUAGGCGCCUUUUUGAAAUUAUAGAGUGUUCCAAAGAUUAUACCUGCAAAUGGCUAUAUGAUGACAGCAUGGAAGAUGUAGGGAGGUAGACUGUUAGGACAUUAGCUGGAGCAGUUUAUUUAUUUGGAAAUUGACACAAAUGUAAAGGAAGUAAGUCUGAAUAGCUCACAUCCUUUCAACAGAAGGUAACUGUUCUUGUUUUGCACAGACUAGGCAGAUCAUUUCUUCUGAAGGUGAUACCAUUGGUAUGUUGGAUAAAACAGUGGCUGCUAUUUUAUUCACAACUAAAUAAAAUGAAACCAUCAGUUAAUAAUGAA